AUGGGUCUUUUUGCAACAUCUUCAUCUUCAUCGUCGUCUUCUGCUUCUGCUUCGGGGUUGGUAGGGAAGAUGAGACUGAUGUCUACUUCUUCUUCCUCGGAUGAUGGUGAUGGUGACGAGGACGGCAAAGAGAGCACGUCAGUAACAACAACAGAAACAGAAGGAGGAGAUACGUCCACCUCUCAAGAAGAAGAAGAGAAUGAGGAGAUGAAGGCGAAGAGCGAAAGCGAGAGUUUAAGUGCGGCUACGACGCCGACGACGACGACUUCUACUUCUGCGCCGCAGAAGCGAACCCUUAAAAAAUUCGUUCCAAUGUUCAAACGUGCGAAAGAAGAAGGCUUAAAAGACGACUCGGGGCAUCUAGGUUUACGAAACCUUCCGCAAGGCGUCGCCGCGAACGAUCUCAGGAAAUUGUUCUCCAAGUUUGGCGAGAUUCGUUCGGUGAAGUCUAUUCGCCCUGACGGUGAAAAACCGAGAGCGCAUAUCCGAUUUCGAUCUUUGGCGGAUGCCGAGAAAGCGUUGGAGGCGUUACGAAGCGAGGAAGGAAUUAUGAUUGGACCGAGUAAGACGCCCGCGGAGAUAAAAUGGGAAGGACGGCUUAAACGAAAAGAAGAAGGAGAGGCGGCUGGCGAGGGAGAGGAAACCUCACCCUCUUCCGAAGAAGAUGUUGUUGGCGGCGACGAUAAGAAUCACGACGGCAUGAGAAAGAUUAAAGGAGAAAUAUACGAUCCAACGAAGCCGAAGCAAAGUGAGGUUGUGGCUGAAAUGCGACGCGAGAGGAAAGAGGGCUCGUAUGUGGUUAGAAACACGAGGAUCGUAAAUACGCAGGAGUCUGAACCUCUAAUACGAACAGUUCAAGAAGAGAAGGAGGAACAAACGAAAAUGGUGGUACAUAAAGAUCCUCUGGAAGGUAUUGAUACGUCGGGAAUGACCCCGUUAGAAAUUCGAAAGUUGACUUUGCAAAAAAGACGCGAACAACGCCAAGAACACUUUGCGAAGCAAAAAAGAGUAGCAGAAAUGAAACAGAAAGUCAUGAAGGAUAUGAGAAGCGAGCGUCUAGCGGAUGGAGCCAUGAGAGCGAGAAGUUACGUGCCACGAUACAAAAGAGACGGGGAUGGGAAUGCGCUCAGUGCGAGUGAUACCGAUGUCUCGUUGCCUUCGUUGCAAGUUCGCGACCAAAGAACACGAAGAGCCGCAGCGUUUGGUGGAAAAACGUUUGAACUGAGAAAACGUAACGCGGCGGCAGGCGCGGGGCAGCAGCAAGGUAGGCGAGAAAAGAAUCCCGAAAACGAUCGCAUAAAGCGACUACUUCGGGAACGUGUUGAUGCGGCAAAGAAGAUGCAGACGGAUGGUGUUGAACUCGACUACGACGUCGCCAGACUCGAGAAGGACAUGCAGAUGCGAUUCGGUGAGUAUACGAGUUGGCCGGUGGGUAUGGACCAGAAACCGUGGAUUUUUGGUGAAAAGGAUCCAAACGAAGACGUAUCACCGGGAGAUUAUUUAGAUUCAAAGAAGGCUUUUGUGAUGGAGCAAUUGAACUUGACCUCAGAUUCGCAAUAUGAAAGUUUAAAGAAGGAUUCUUUGGAGGAGUUUGAAAAGAUGCUCGCGAAGGAGAAGUAUCGAACGGAAUCAUUCGGAGAAUCGCCGGCGGAGGAUGUCUUUGAGCACAGAAAAAUCAUGUUUGAUAUGGCUCGCGGAGCCGUCGACAACGAAAAAAAUCCUUUGCAUAAGUUUGCGCAAAGAGCUGCGUCCAUUUUGGAUGCCAAUCCGGGAUGGAGUUUCGGCAAGAAGAAAAAACUUUUCGAUCGAUUAUCGAUCGAUGCCAAACAGUUCGACGAUUGGGAAGAAGAACAAGAUGAAAGUAGCACGAACCAGAAGCAAUAA